AAACGAAUGACAUUUAUAAGAUUGACGAAAUUGUUUUGCCGUGCGAAAACAUUCGCUUGUUUUAAUUGAGAGAGAGAGAGAGAGGUGGGUGCAAGCUGGGGUGUAGCUUAAAGAGGAAUUGAGGGAGAGAGAGAGAUCUUGUCAGAUCGGAAGCUGAACUGAGGGUAGAUGGGGAGGGAUGUUGCAGGUUUACGCAUUGACAAGCAGCCCACUGUUGUCAAUGUAAAAUCAAAUGGAUUCUCCCAUGAUAGAAUUCAUGUUGCUCCCAGAAUUGCUGGUGAAGUUGAUGAAACAAAGGACCAUGAGGUGGAAGAACAUAAUCCUGUGAAAGACUCCUUUACUGAAGAAUGUCAUGAGAAGCAAGACAUACUAGGUGUUAAAAGCGCAAAUUUUGAGCCGGUCCUGCCUGAGGCGAGAACUCUGAAACCUGCAGCUCAGAAAUCUGGUGACAAAAAGCUUAGCUCACCUGUUAAACCUGCAUCGGACUCUGCUGCUGCUGGAAAUCUGCAAUCAAAGUCCCCUAUUAUUUCCCAGCCACCUGGCCUCACAACUCAUAAACAGAGUUCAAUUGUAAAUCAUGGUAUUGGGGCUGAAACAGUUGAUGCUGAUGUGAGGUGUUCAUCAAAGACUGAUGAGUGGCAUUCACCUAAGACAGGAAAGAAAUCACAGCUAAACUCUCCUUCAGUGUCAAGGAAGCCACUGCAGCCUGAUGACAAGAAAUAUCAUCGCGAAGAAGAUAGCUGGUCCGUGGCCUCAUCAGCUGCAACCUCUGUGCGGACAGUCAAAUCCAGGAUUACUGUUCCAGUAGCUCCCACAUUUAGAUGCUAUGACCGUGCUGAGAGACGUAAGGAGUUUUACUCAAAGUUGGGGGAGAAACACCAAGCUUUGGAGGCUGAGAAAAUUGAAUAUGAAGCAAGAACCAAGGAGGAAGAGCAAGAAGCUAUAAAGCAGCUUAGAAAGAGCAUGGUGUAUAAAGCAAAUCCUGUUCCUAAUUUUUACCAUGAAGGACCUCCGCCCAAAGUUGAAUUGAAAAAGUUGCCAGUGACUCGUGCCAAAUCACCAAAAUUAACCCGGAGAAAGAGUUGUGGUGAUGCUGUUAACUCAUCUCCAGUUGAAAAGGGAGUUUGUGCGAGGGCAACCCGUCACAGCAUUGGCAUUUACAAGGAAGGCAGUACUACCACCUGCACUCCCAAAUAUAAGGGUCAGUUCAGUGGAUGGAAUGUUAAUGGCACUAGCAAAGUUAAGGACAGUCCCAAACAGGCAAAGGAGUCAUCAAAAACAACUCCUCGUAAAGUCACUGAGCAGAGGAGUGCUGAUAUUGCAGUUCAGUCCUGAACGGUUAGUGUUUUUGUUAUUAUUUUUUAUUUUUCCCCUUUUUUCUUUUGUAGCUGGAGAAAGUUACCUGAAUUUCCUUGCUAUCCAUUUGGGUGUUUCGGAAAAAGCUAAUGGACUUGGUGUUUCUGUUCUGUAAUGAGCUGUUGAAAUGGUGUCAAUUCCGAAUUGUAUAUUUUGUGUAAUUUAUUUUUGCGACAUAGAUGAGACGCCCUUCUAAUGGGAAACAUUUUGUUCCAUCAUAUAAUUACUGUAUUACACAUCUUGCUGGUGUUGAUUGUUUGUUGGCUACCCCUGGAACGAGGAAACUGGAUUUCUGAUUAGAUGGACCCAUAGCCAAUAUGAGCUCGAAGCUUCCUUCUUAACUCCGAGAACUUUUUUUGUAGUACCUCUUUAAAACUUCCUACUUGUGAACGAAAA